CUAUAUAUAUGUGUGUGUGAUUGAGAGAGAGUGUGACGAAAAGUGCAAAGACAAAUCCCAACAAGACAUUAAGACAGAAAAUCUUGAGAAGAAAAACAAACAUUCAUCUGAAAGAUGGCAGAAGGCAACGAAGUCCAAAUUCCAAGAGUGAAACUGGGCACUCAAGGCCUUGAGGUCUCAAAGUUGGGAUUUGGAUGUAUGGGCCUGACAGGAGCCUACAAUUCUCCUCUCUCUGAUGAGGAUGGAAUCUCAAUAAUAAAGUAUGCUUUCAGUAAGGGAAUCACUUUCUUUGAUACAUCUGAUUUUUAUGGACUCAAUGCUAAUGAAAUUCUGCUUGGAAAGGCCUUGAAGCAAUUGCCAAGAGAAAAAAUUCAAGUAGCCACCAAAUUUGGCAUCCAAACAGUGGGAUUUCCUGAUCAUAUCACAGUGAGCGGUAGCCCCGACUAUGUUCGCUCAUCCUGCGAGGCUAGCUUGAGGCGUCUUGAUGUCGAGUACAUUGAUCUGUAUUAUCAACAUCGGGUAGACACGACUGUACCUAUAGAAGAAACUAUAGGUGAACUUAAGAAACUGGUAGAGGAGGGAAAAGUCAAGUAUAUUGGUCUAUCUGAAGCCAGCCCAGACACAAUAAGGAGGGCACAUGCUGUGCAUCCCAUCACUGCUGUACAAAUGGAGUGGUCUCUCUGGACUCGUGAUAUCGAAGAAGAGAUAAUUCCACUUUGCAGGGAACUUGGCAUUGGAAUAGUUCCAUACAGUCCUCUUGGUCGUGGAUUUUUUGCUGGCAAAGGAAUCGUGGAAAGCUUGGCUGCAAACAGUAGCUUGGCCAUGUAUCCUCGGUUCCAGGGAGACAAUUUGGAGAAGAACAAGGCCAUUUAUACUCGGAUCGAAAGCCUUGCUAGAAGGCACCAAUGCACUCCUGCUCAGCUAGCACUAGGAUGGGUACUUGAACAAGGGGAUGAUGUUGCACCUAUACCUGGGACAACAAAGAUAAAAAACCUGGAUGACAAUAUUGGCUCUUUGAAGAAGAAACUUACGGAGGCAAGCCUGAAAGAGAUAUCUGAUGCUGUACCCAUCGAAGAGGUAGUUGGUGAUAGAAGCUACCAAAACACGAAUCAUUUGCAAUGGAAGUUUGCCAACACUCCUCCAAAGAAUUGAUUGUCUCUACUUAUACUUUCAUGGAUGUUGUCAACUUCACUUGGAUAAUGCGAAGCUUUUGUGAAUCGAAUGGCCAGAGUUUACCUUUCUGACCAAUAAGGACCCACGUUUCUAAUUUUGACAAUUAAAGGCUUGAGUUUUUGCCUUGUGACAAAUUGUUAGAAGAAUUAGGGUUUGAGUCAUUAGGGUUUUGGGGGUAUUUUAGUCUCUAUGGUAUUUCCCUAAUCCUAUAUAAUAGGAUGCUUGUAUUAGGUUAACAUAAGUUGAAUAAUAUAAUAGCCUCCGCCUUUUGUGUUUAAACCAUUCAUACAAACUAUAACAUGGUAUCAGAGCUUGUUUCGAUUCUUGGGUAGUUUAAUUUUCUUCUUGGUGGCAGCACUGCCCGUGUGGGCUAACCCACACGGGCAGUACCUUCAAAGAGCUCCAAAGAGUUCCGUAGAGCUGUUUUGUUCUUGUUUUAUGGUGACCGGAACUCCUUCCGGUGAGAAAAAAAUAUAUAUAUAUUUUGUUUGUUUUUGAUGUUCUGUGAUGCUGGCCGGAUGGUUCUGCGGUGGUUUUCUGUCUUGUUUGAAGCGGCCGGAGUGUUCUGUGGUGGCCGGAAAAGUUGCAGCGGCCAUCGGGAAAAAAAAAUAUUCCGACGAUUUGAUGCUUUUGGUGUUGAAACGUUACUGUGUGGCCCUCUAUUGAUUCUGUAGUUGCUGUUUUUGAAGUGGCCGGAGUGUUCUGUCUUCUCCGGCAAGUU